CAUAUUUUCUGCACUUAAGAAGAGAAAACCUGAAGAGAGAAAGCUCAGAGAAAAGAAAGAAAAACAAGUCAAUUCAGUUAAUCUGAAGAAUUCUGUUUCAAGUGACAUGGACAAAGAAGCAAAGGACAUGGACGACAUCUCCAGCACUCCUCUGUUCUCCAUGAACUCAGUGACCACUGAGGAUCUUGCGGAUGGUGAUAAGCUGAUGCAUCGUGAUGAUGUUUCAGAGGACCAAGAGGUCACCAAGCUGAGGAACCAUUCAGUCAUCAGUGAUGAGAGCGGGUUGACAUACCUCUCUUCUUGGUGUUCCUACCGGGAUUCAGACAUCUCAGAUAUGAUCACACCCUUUGAUCAGAAUAUCGACGAGGAGAUUAAACAAGUAUGCCAAAACGUCUUUAAUCUAGAGAACCUCGAGACAGAAGCCGAUGAUUUUGGAGAAAACGAGGAUGUCCAGACCACUGAUACAGGAUCAACCUCCAGUCUUGCUAUCAGGUCAAAUGAGAGCAUGGUACCUGCCUUAUGUCCCUCUUCUUCCUCCUCCAACACAGCCAUCACUAAGGCAGACAAGAUGCUGAUGCAGUCCACUGAGGCUGUCAAGAUUCAGACAGACAAUUAUUUAGAACAUGACAGUAAAGAGGUGAUGAUGGAAGGAGGAUGUAAAGGCAAGAGGAAGAAGUCGCAGUUGAAGAAGUUUUUCAGUGGAAGGUGGAAAAAUAGGGUUCAGCCAGCUCCAUUAGAACAUUUGAAUGAUGCUGGGAGCCAACAGGGCUCUCUUUGUUCUGAAGAGAUGCCCUCCGCCUCCUGCAGUGCUGCUCUGAGAGCAGAUCUUAGGUCCGCUCAGCUACAGAGAGUGAACUACACGGAGGACGAGGAUCAGACACCAGAAGACACCAGAAAUGUUCUCUCAUCUCUGUCCUCUGCCACCUCGAUUCCACCUGAUUAUCGGGUUGUUGAGAUCACUUGGGCCAAACGCCCAGAGGACCCACCUCUGACUGAAUCUACGACUGAUGAGUUCCAAGAAGAGGUGAGCUCUUCUUUGAGUCAACAGUCCACUGACUCUAGUGAGGAGGACGAAGAACCCUUCAGCCAGAGCUCUGUGGAGCAGUCUCAGUCUGACUCUGAGUGUCUCAGCAAUAACCAAAGUAAUGCUGAGGAGACCAAGGCAAAGAAGAGCAACAACUUCUCACGCUUCAUCUGUAAAAUCUUGUCAAAGAAUUCUGUUUCAAGUGACAUGGACAAAGAAGCAGAGGACAUGGACGACAUCUCCAGCACUCCUCUGUUCUCCAUGAACUCAGUGACCACUGAGGAUCUUGCAGAUGUUGAUGAGCUGAUGCAUCGUGAUGAUGUUUCAGAGGACCAAGAGGUCACCAAGCUGAGGAACCAUUCAGUCAUCAGUGAUGAGAGCGGGUUGACAUACCUCUCUUCUUGGUGUUCCUACCGGGAUUCAGACAUCUCAGAUAUGAUCACACCCUUUGAUCAGAAUAUCGACGAGGAGAUUAAACAAGUAUGCCAAAACGUCUUUAAUCUAGAGAACCUCGAGACAGAAGCCGAUGAUUUUGGAGAAAACGAGGAUGUCCAGACCACUGAUACAGGAUCAACCUCCAGUCUUGCUAUCAGGUCAAAUGAGAGCAUGGUACCUGCCUUAUGUCCCUCUUCUUCCUCUUCCAACACAGCCAUCACUAAGGCAGACAAGAUGCUGAUGCAGUCCACUGAGGCUGUCAAGAUUCAGACAGACAAUUAUUUAGAACAUGACAGUAAAAAGGUGAUGAUGGAAGGAGGAUGUAAAGGCAAGAGGAAGAAGUCGCAGUUGAAGAAGUUUUUCUGUGGAAGGCGGAAAAAUAGGGUUCAGCCAGCUCCAUUAGAACAUUUGAAUGAUGCUGGGAGCCAACAGGGCUCUCUUUGUUCUGAAGAGAUGCCCUCCGCCUCCUGCAGUGCUGCUCUGAGAGCAGAUCUUAGGUCCGCUCAGCUACAGAGAGUGGACUACACGGAGGACGAGGAUCAGACACCAGAAGACACCAGAAAUGUUCUCUCAUCUCUGUCCUCUGCCACCUCGAUUCCACCUGAUUAUCGGGUUGUUGAGAUCCCUUGGGCCAAACGCCCAGAGGACCCACCUCUGACUGAAUCUACAACUGAUGAGUUCCAAGAAGAGGUGAGCUCUUCUUUGAGUCAACAGUCCACUGACUCUAGUGAGGAGGACGAAGAACCCUUCAGCCAGAGCUCUGUGGAACAGUCUCAGUCUGACUCUGAGUGUCUCAGCAAUAACCAAAGUGAUGCUGAGGAGACCAAGGCAAAGAAGAGCAACAACUUCUCACGCUUCAUCUGUAAAAUCUUGUCAAAGAAUUCUGUUUCAAGUGACAUGGACAAAGAAGCAGAGGACAUGGACGACAUCUCCAGCACUCCUCUGUUCUCCAUGAACUCAGUGACCACUGAGGAUCUUGCAGAUGGUGAUAAGCUGAUGCAUCGUGAUGAUGUUUCAGAGGACCAAGAGGUCACCAGGCUGAGGAACCAUUCAGUCAUCAGUGAUGAGAGCGGGUUGACAUACCUCUCUUCUUGGUGUUCCUACCGGGAUUCACACAUCUCAGAUAUGAUCACACCCUUUGAUCAGAAUAUUGACGAGGAGAUUAAACCAGUAUGCCAAAACUUCUUUAAUCUAGAGAACCUCGAGACAGGGGCAGAAGAUUGUGGAGCAAAAGUGGAAAUCCGGACCACCGAUACAGGAUCAACCUCCAGUCUUGUUAUCAGGUCAAAUGAGAGCAUGGUACCUGCCUUAUGUCCCUCUUCUUCCUCCUCCAACACAACCAUCACUAAGGCAGACAAGAUGCUAAUCUCCCAGGUGAUUGAUGAGACUGUCAAGACACCGCAGUCCACUGAGACUGUAAAGACACUGCAGUCCACUGAGACUGUGCAUACGCCGCAGUCCACUGAGACCAUAAAGAAGCCGCAGUCCACUGAGACUGUAAAGACACUGCAGUCCACUGAGACCGUAAAGACGCCGCAGUCCACUGAGACUGUACAGAUGCCGCAGUCCACUGAGACUGUAAAGACACCGCAGUCCACUGAGACUGUACAGACGCCGCAGUCCACUGAGACUGUUCAGACGCCGCAGUCCACUGAGACCGUAAAGACGCCGCAGUCCACUGAGACUGUACAGACGCCGCAGUCCACUGAGACUGUACAGACGCCGCAGUCCACUGAGACUGUACAGACGCCGCAGUCCACUGAGACUGUACAGACGCCGCAGUCCACUGAGGCCAUAAAGAAGCUGCAGUCAACUGAGGCCGUAAAGACGCAGCAGGCCUUACAAGCCUCUCUGGAUAGGGGAUCCUCCAGGAUCACUGCUGCUGCCAGAUGCCUGGCGUCAAAGGACAGAGCAGCCAAGAAGACUUUGAAGCGAGCUAUCAAAACAAUUAAAUCCUUUCUCCCAGGAGGAAGCACUGCAGUGAAGAGGAAGUGGUGUUUCAGUGGAAGGCGGAGGAAUAGGAUUUGUUCUCAAGAGACGUCGUCCACCACCUCCUGCAUUGCAGCUCUGGGAGCAGACCUUAGGUCCACUAAGCUAGUGUUGGUGGACUAUGUGGAGGACGAGGAUCAGACACCAGAUGACACCAGAAAUGUUCUUUCAUCUCUGUCUUCUGCCAGCUCAAUUAAACCAAAUUAUCAGGUUAAGGUUGCUUGGUCCAAAUGGCCUGAGAACCCACCUCUGACUGAAUCUACGACUGAUGAGUCCAAGGAAGAGGUGAGCUCUUCUUUGAUUCAACAGUUCACUGACUCUGAUGAGGAGAAUGAAGAAACCUUCAGCCAGAGCUCUGUGGAGCAGUUUCAGACUGACUCUGAGUGUCUCAGCAAUAACCAAAGUGAUGCUGAGGAGACCAAGGCAAAGAAGAGCAACAACUUCUCCCGCUUCUUUUGCAAAAUCUUCUCAAAGAAUAAACAGGAGGAAAAGGAGAAGGUUUCAGCGGAGAAUCAGACCAAGCAGUCUUCCUUUUGGAUGUGGCUGUUGUUCUGCAGUGACUGCGGCUGUUGCCUUGACUAGUAAAGAACAGGAUCAGGGCCAGACUCUGCUGGUCUGACAAUAAGUGCUUCCCAUCUCUCUUUCUCCUAAUGCACUCUUUUCUCCCCCAUUUCUGUGGUAUCGCUUUCUGCCCAGUACUGUUUACUAUCUCUAUGUCACUGA